UUGAUUGCAGGCUUGAAUGAAAUGCUCAUUGGUAUCUUCCAGGCUGCGGCUGCAGAGGAGUCAUCAUGUACGCCUGGAUUUGAGUCAGAGCAGUUAAUAUUCAAAGUGACCAGAAAACACCUGAGGCAAGGCACACGACUGGGCAAAGUUGGCUUCAGUGACUGCACGGACCGCACCAGAUUUCUUUUCAGCACAGAUGACAGCCGCUUUCUGGUCCAAACAGAUGGCUUAGUAACGGUAAAGAGACAAGUUGUCCUUCAUGAGGGUCACCGGGUCUUCUUCAUCCACUCCUGGGACUCACAGGGUCAGAAGUUAACUGUACCUGCCAUGGUGCUGUAUGAUGGACAUCAUCAUGGGAAUAACAAUCUGAAGACUGAUCAUCACCACAACAUCCAGCUUCAUGAUCAGAUUGAGGUGGACUCUGCCACUACACAGGUAGGGAAGGCAUAGACUUGGGUCAGAAAAGGU